AUUCCAAUACAUUUUUUAUGAGGAGGUGGUAGCCAGAGUUCACUGGAGCAGUAAAUAAAUCAUUGUCUGUCACUUGAUAUUACUAGAUCAAACCACGUGACACUUGAGAGCGCGAGGACUAGGACCUCCCUGCGCGUGUAGGUGGACGUGCAGACAGCUUUUUAACCGUUUCUGAAUAUAGCGUGUAUGAAGGUGGAACAAGCAUCUCUCGCAGACAGCUUUUUAACCGUGUCUGAAUAUAGCAUGUAUGAAGGCGGAACAAGCAUCUCUUUCAGACAGCAAUGAAUGAACACUUUGAUUUCAAGAGACGAUACAGCUAAACGACAUCAUGCAUGACCCGAGUGUGACUCAGACCAGCGUGGCUGCCAUCAACUGUAGCACUGAUGCUCCCCCGUGCACCCCGAACUACGAAGAGGACCGCGUGCCCCUGGUGGUGCUUUACAGUGUGGUGCUGGUCAUCGGGCUGCCUGCCAAUAUCGCUACUGUCUACCUGACCUUCCUCCAGGUGUGCCGCAAAAAUGUCCUGGGCAUCUACCUGUUGAGUCUGUCCGUGUGUGACCUCAUGUACCUCUGCACCCUGCCCAUGUGGGCCAACUACGUGAACGCGGGCCACCAAUGGCGCUGGAGCUCAAUGGCUUGCAAGGUGACGGGCUACUUCUUCUUCAACAACAUGUACAUCAGCAUCUUCCUGCUGUGCUGCGUCUCCAGUGACAGAUACGUGGCCGUGGUCUACGCCGUGGAGUCGCGCGGCCUUCGCCGACAGAGACUGGCGGUUGCAGUUACCGUGGCCAUCGUCUUGGUGGUGUUCGUGGGCCACGUGCCGGUGUUUACCAUGCCAGAGGGCGAUGCGGCAGAGGGGCAGCGGCGCUGCUUCGAGCCAGGCAAGGGCACGUCCACCGUGACGGGUUUCAACUAUGCCCGCUUCGUCAUUGGCUUCCUGUUCCCCCUGGUUGUGCUGGUGGUUACUAACCGUGCCAUCCUGGCCAACGUGCAGGCUAGCACAGGGCUACGGCAGUGCCAGAAGGAGCGGGUGCGCUACUUGGCGUUCGCCGUGGUGGUCCUCUUCCUGGUGUGCUUCGCGCCAUACCAUGUCAUUCUGCUGCUGCGCGCAGUCACCUUCCACUUCACUGAGCUGCAGAAGUGCCAUUUCCAGGAAAGCCUCUAUACCCCUUACACUAUCUCCCUGGGCCUGUCCACCUUCAACAGCGCCAUCAACCCCAUCCUCUAUGUGCUUUCCAGCGACAACAUCCGCAAGGAGCUGCGUCGCGGCCUUGCAGGCCUCCGGGGGCGGGCCACCCUGCGGCCGCGUUCCACCGACAGCAGCCAGCACAAGAUGCACAACUCCAAGAACUCGUCAGAAGUGGCGGCCGCCACACAAGAGGCGGAAAAGCAUGGUCAUUGAUGGCAGAGGAAGGUUAGGGGUUUGAUGUUCAGUAUAUAUGCUCAAACUAUGGGAGCCAGAGGGAUAUGCAGGUGUGACUACUGAAGGAACCCUGGACUGGUGACUUGCAGGUACUCUGGAAUAUUAAACAGACUCAGCAUAGAGCCAGGUGGAACCCCAAACAUAGCAAGAGCAAUGGGGGACGAUGUAAUCCAUCUAUCCCAGAAUCUGACUAAGGAAAUUAUAUCAUUGAAACGGUUCAAGCAGGGGCAUUGUCUCCCUAUAGAUGGCAUCAUUCUAACAAGACUCGCAGUUGCCAGGAGCCGUCUGUCUAACGGCAAAUGUUGCAAAGUUUGAUAAGAGAAUGACGGCAUAAACAGCGCAAACCAUCAUUCUGUUAUCAAACUUUGCACCUGCACUGUUCAUCAAGUAAAUGUGUUUUUGUAAAAUUUUCUAUGGAAAUUGUUUGACGCACUCAUUGUGCAUAGAGUUGUAUGGUUUGUUUAACUUUGCAGUCAUUGGUUUUUGUUUGACAUACAUUUUAAAGUGAAAAAUCUGAGUGUCAGUGUCACUCUGUUACCAUGAAAUUGCCCCUAACCAAACGUGGAGCUCAUCUCAAAAAAUUUAGACUUUGCUAAUCUGCUUAACACUAGUUUCUAAUUCUGAAGUUCACUCUGCUCUUUGUAGCUAUGACGUACUGGCUAUACGCAUACAGUCAUUGAUACUACGGCAAACCAUGCUUGAUCAGCUGAGCAAACUUGCUCCAGCUAGCAGCCUUACCAUUGCUUGUUUGAAUGGCCAUUACGGUAGCUAAACUCAGCAAAAAAAUAAACGUCCUCUCACUGUCAACUGCGUUUAUAUUCAGCAAACUUAAUAUGUGUAAAUAUUUGUAUGAACAUAACAAGAUUCAAAAACUGAGAUAUAAACUGAACAAGUUCCAUAGACAUGUGACUAACAUAAAUUGAAUAAUGUGUCCCUGAACAAAGGGGGGGUCAAAAUCAAAAGUAACAGUCAGUAUCUGAAGUGGCCACCAGCUGCAUUAAGUACUGCAGUGCAUCUCCUCCUCAUGGACUGCACCAGAUUUGCCAGACUGUGAGAUGUUACACCACUCUUCCACCAAGGCACCUGCAAGUUCCUGUACAUUUCUGAGAGGAAUGGCCCUAGCCCUCGCCCUCCGAUCCAACAGGUCCCAGACGUGCUCAAUGGGAUUUAGAUCCGGGCUCUUCGCUGGCCAUGGCAGAACACUGACAUUCCUCUUGCAGGAAAUCACCCACAGAACGAGCAGUAUGGCUGGUGACAUUGUCAUGCUGGAGGGUCAUGUCAGGAUGAGCCUGCAGGAAGGGUACCACAUGAGGGAGGAGGAUGCCUUCCCUGUAACGCACAGCGUUGAGUUUGCCUGCAAAGACAACAAGCUCAGUCCAAUGAUGCUGUGACACACCGCCCCAGACCAUGAAGGACCCUCCACCUCCAAAUCGAUCCCGCUCCAGAGUACAGGCCUCGGGUGUAACGUUCAUUCCUUUGACGAUAAACGCGAAUCCUACCAUCACCCCUGGUGAGACAAAACCGCGACUCGUCAGUGAAGAGCACUUUUUGCCAGUCCUGUCUGGUCCAGCGACGGUGGGUUUGUGCCCAUAGGAGACGUUGUUGCCGGUGAUGUCUGGUGUGGACCUGCCUUACAACAGGCCUACAAGCCCUCAGUCCAGCCUCUCUCAGCCUACUGCGGACAGUCUGAGCACUGAUGGAGGGAUUGUGCAUUCCUGGUGUCACUCGGGCUGUUGUUGUUGCCAUCCUGUACCUGUCUCGCAGGUGUGAUGUUCGGAUGUACCGAUCCUGUGCAGGUGUUGUUACACAUGGUCUGCCACUGCGAGGACGAUCAGCUAUCUCCCUGUAGCGCUAUCUUAGCCAUCUCACAGUAUGGACAUUGCAAUGUCUUGCCCUGGCCACAUCUGCAGUCCUCAUGCCUCCUUGCAGCAUGCCUAAGGCACGUUCACGCAGAUGAGCAAGGACCCGGGUCAUCUUUCUUUUGUUUUUUUUUCAGAGUCAGUAGAAAGCCCUCUUUAGUGUCCUAAGUUUUCAUAACUGUGACUUAACUUAAUUGCCUACCAUCUGUAAGCUGUUAGUGUCUUAACGACCGUUCCACAGGUGCAUGUUCAUUAAUUGUUUAUGGUUCAUUGAACAAGCACGGUGUUUAAACCCUUUACAAUGAAGAUCUGUGAAGUUAUUUGGAUUUUUACGAAUUAUCUUUGAAAGACACGGUCCUAAAAAGGUACGUUUCUUUUUUUUGCUGAGUUUAGUUUGCCAGCUUGUUGAUGAAGUUGUAUGACACCAAAGUUAAGGGAAUGUUCGAAAAAAUCAGUAUCUGACUCUGACAGCUGUCACUGUGCCUUGCUACUUCGUAACAUUUGGCCAACACGAUAGCAUUGCAGCUAGAGCAAUCAGCUGUGCUACAGAACUCGACGCACUAAUCACGGCAGAACAGAAACUGAGCUCAUUUGUGUUAUUAGCUGGAAUUUAACUACACUAGCUAGGUAGCUAGAGGGAGUAUUCCGAUUUGAGUGUGUGAACUGGCGUUGUUAGCAUCCCGUAGUUUCAUAUGGAUGGAUUUGAGUUCAGCCAGCAAGUUGGUUCAGCCAGCAAGCAGACACUAGCUAGCUAGCAAAUUUUCGUAAACACACCUUAGCUAGAUGUAGCAUUAGGAAAAAAACGUCAGUAUUAGCUACAGAUGUAUUGUUUUUGGUAAGACUAACUCUGACUCUUUUGAGGAUGAAAGGGGGUUCAGUGGACGAUGUCACCUUGUUAACAUUUUCUAAUGUUAGGGCAGCAUAUUGUAGCCUAACGUCUUUUUAGCUAUCCUCGAUUGUUUGCGAGUUAUCACACAGGGCCUUGACUCCCAGAGCCUUUGUAGCAUUGAAUCAAUUGAGUUGUAUUUUGCAACUAGGCUACUGUUUCUGUGAUAACAUGUGCGUAAUGAUGUGCCCUAUCUGUAAUUUAGUGCAUUGUAAUUGGGUAAACAUAAUAAGCAGCCUCAAUUGCCUAUUUGCAGCCAUAGGAGGUAAAAUCUCUCUAGGAGCUGAUCCGUCGUCAGUAUUGUGGAAUAAUUCUAAUGCCAAGGUAAGAUUUGAAUGGAGAAAGCUGAUCCGAGAGCAGUGCUGCUUUUCUUUGGAUCCUAUCAGUAUCGACACAUGGUCUAACAACGCACGUGGAGAACGUCCUCUCUGCGUGUUUGUUUGGAAAACACUGAAAAGGUUGUAAAUAAAGGUGCAUCUGGUACGAUCGUCGUAAUGCUUAAAGGCCCAGUGCAGUGAAAAACAUGAUUUGUAUAUAUUUCCACACUAUGAAGUUGGAAUAAUACUGUGAAAUUAUUCUGGUACCCUUUAAUGUUAGAGCUGUUUGAAAAGAUCGCCUGAAGUCUAUUUUGGUGGGAUGGAGUUUUUGUCUGCCUGGUGACAUCCCCAGGCGGUGACCACUCCCAGACAGUCCUAGCAGAAUUCUUGCUUGAGACAUUGCUCUUUGCUCUUUGACCAUUUUAACUGAAAACAAUCACAUUAAGAUACUUAAUUGAUAGCCAGAAAUGAUUCAAUAUUGAUAUUUUUAAAAAAUGGCUGCAUUGGACCUUUAAGUUACAUCACAGCUGGGAAACGAGGCCCUGAUCUGAGACAUUAACGUUAAGUUAAUUUCUGCGUCAUGUUUUGCUGUUCAUCUCCAGAUGAAGGACUUGCCAAUGUUUUGACAAACUCCACAUUUAUUUGUGUCCAUAUGAAAGAGAAGUUUGAAACUUGCCUCUGCUGCUAAUUUAGGAGUGAGAAACUUUUACAAAAGUGUCUAUUACUGAAGCUUUUCUAUGAAUGGAAAUAAUGUGUUUUCCUUUGGAGAAACAGUAUUUCAAGUCGUGCGAAAGCUAAUCCAAUAUGUUACGUUGCAAUACAUAGAUACUGUGUUUCACAGUAGAUGGAUAGAUCGACAUCAUGUUCUUAAAGUUUAAUCAACUUGUAUUUUGAAAACAAGAACAAUUGUAGUAUUCGUCAUGUUUUAGGUGUUAAGUGUUUUGUAACAAUGUAAAUAUAAGUGAAGAUAUAAUCUUCAUAUAACCUUUUAUAACCGUAAUAUAACAUUUUAUACACUUUGGUGUUUUUCCUCCUAUAUUGCAGACCAUUGUAGAAGUUUGUAAAAAAGCUAAAGGUUGUUCUGUUUAUUAGAAAAUUGCACUUCUUGAAUAUUAUUUAUACCGUUUCUGUACAUUUUUAAGUAAACAUUUGAAGUAAAGUGUC